GGCACCGGAGCUGAUAUGCGCGAAGUGAUUUCACCCACACCUCUCACCAGCGCCAGCAGUCAAACCAUAGCCAGUAGUGGUGUAUCGUCGAUGGCUGCCUCGGGUGUGGUCAGCGCCGCCGCUGCCAUGAUAUCUACCGGACCGGCAGUCGCGGCGGCCACUGGUGUCAUGGGUGGCGAUGGCAUACCUGUCCCCCGGAGUGGUGGUAAACGGCCCGCAGCCGGUGCCGCCUGUUAUCAGGUGUCGUCGGUUAAUGAAAACACGGCCAAAAAGUUGUGCCGCAAAUCACCCCUGUCACUCAUUCAGCACACCGAGAGCCAAAUUAUGCGCACCUACCCGGCCGGUAUGCGCAUAGACUCCAGCAAUUUUAACCCGGUCAUUUUCUGGGCGUUUGGGCUGCAAAGUGUGGCGCUUAAUUAUCAAACAGUGGACUCGGCGUUGCAUAUCAAUCAGGCUAUGUUUGAGCAAAACGGGGGCUGCGGUCUGGUGCACAAACCCGGUGUGAUGCGCGACAGACAGCAUAUGAUGUUUGGCCGGUUUAACCCCUGGGACAAGGAGUUUGAUGGUUUACACGCAAUUAAUUUGACCAUCACUAUUAUAUCGGGUCAGUACGUGUGCCAAAAUACAAACACCGGGAGCCCGCAAGUGGAGGUGGAAGUGAUUGGUAUACCAGUGGACUGUAGUCGACAAAGGACCAAGAUGGUGCAACGCAACUCAUUGAAUCCCAUCUGGAACGAUACUUUUAUGUUCAGGGUAACAUUCAGUGACUUAGCAUUCCUGCGCUUUUCGGUCACCGAUUUGGGCACAAAUCACUUGACGGCACAGCGAGUCAUACCAUUGAAUUGCUUACGACAGGGCUAUCGACACCUGAGGCUUAGGAGCGCUCAGAAUCAGUCGCUACCGCUGUCCACACUAUUCAUAUACUCACAAUACGAGGAGGAGGGGAUAGACAUCCCGUCCACGGGUCCGGACACCGGCGACAACAGCCCGGCCUUUGGCUCAAUACAAAUGGGCGGCCGUCUGACGGGUCGCCGACCGAUCUCUGCGGCCGACUUCGCCCGAAUGGACAGCCGAUUGGGCGACUCUAUCGUAGGCUCAGCACCGGUCAGGCGCCGCAUGUUUUUCCUGGUAAUACACGGUGUGGUGGCCGACGAGCCGUCGACCAUAUUGAAAAUCACCCAGGACAGCACAGCGCACGAC